AUGCCGAAAACGAGAAAGUCUACCAAGCAGGUGGCAGUAGAUGAUGCCAAGGCAGCAUUAGUUCACCAGCGUCGCCAAAUUCAGGCAAAGGUGACAACGAUAAGUCGCACACUUGAAGAAGCUGAGGAUACUCCAAGUAAAAUUUGUGCAUCGCUCUUGAAAGUGUUUUCGAAAAAGCUCGUACUACAUUACAACGAGUUCAUUUCAAUUCACCAAGCAAUAGUUGCUUCCACACCCCCCAAUGAGAUUGAGCUGGAAGAUGAUGCUUUGGAUAUUUUCGACGCUCUCCAUACCAACACGCUUACCUUGCUUGAACUGCUCACCGAAACCAUUUCCCCUUCCGAUGCUAGAGGUGUAAAUCAAUCCGUUAUCAUCCAGCAGCAAUCACUGCAAGCUCCAGUUCCCACAUUCGACGGGAAGGUAGAGAAUUGGCCGAAAUUUUGGGUGAUGUUUGAGGAUAUUGUCGGACGGAGCGCCGAUUCCGAUGCAGUUAAGCUGCAUCAUCUCGAUAAGGCGCUAACGGGUGAUGCCUCCGGUUGGAUUACGGCAAAAAUGAUCGUUGACAACAACUUCAAACAAACCUGGCAACAGCUCAGUGACCAGUACGAAAACCCACGAGUAAUCGUCGAUACGCAUCUCGAAGGUUUGCUCGAGAUGAAACCGAUGACCACCCGCAACCAUGAAGAUUUACUCGAGCUAGUGAAGACAUUCAUCCGUCAUGUUGGCGGUCUCGAGUACCAGGGACUAGAAGUUGAUGAACUAUCUGGUCUCAUCCUCACGAAGAUCCUCACUUCACGAUUGGACGAUCAAACACUCCAGUUAUGGGAGAGGACACAGCAGCAUGCCAAGCUGCCCCAGUACCAAGAAACUGUGGCCUUUCUUCGAAGCGAAUGCCAGGUGUUGGAAAGGUUCCAAAACCGGCACCAGAUGACGGCAAAAGAGCCAUUGCCAAGGCAACAACAGGGUUCGAAACCAACUAACCAGAAAGCCCACGCUGCAACGACUGUGACCUCCAGCAGUUCCUGCCAGGUAUGUAGAGGCUACCAUCGCCAUUUCGAAUGCCCGAAGUUCCAUCAAAUGUCACCGGCUCAACGGAAUGAAAAAGUGAAGGAGUUCAGAAUCUGUUUCAACUGCCUUCGCCCUGGUCAUCGAGCCAUUGAUUGUUCGUCCAAAAAGACGGGCUCUCGCUACCAGAGAAGACAUCACACUCUGUUGCAUGAAGAAGCAGAUUCGAAUGCAGUGGAGGUGGCACCAACCAUACAAAAUGAAGAACCAGCUUGCCAAACCUCUUCCGAGAACCAUUUGGAGUCUCAACUAGUCACCGAAACUGUUGCGUCGUGCAACCAUUCUAAAGCUGCCAAAACAGUGAUGCUCAUAACCGCUGUGGUGCGAAUCAAGGAUUCUCGUGGAUGGACAACUCCCUGUCGUGUUCUGUUGGAUAGCGGCUCGCAAGUCAACUUCCUAUCCAAGGCAAUGGCUGACCGCUUGGCCACCGAAAGACGGCCUGCACAUGUACCCAUCGCUGGAAUAGGUGGGUCCAAAACCUACGCCAAGGAGAAGAUGAUGGUGGAAGUGGAGUCCAGGCAUUCCGGUUUCUGUACUACUAUCGAAUGCCUCGUAGUUCCUGAGAUAACUUGA